UGAAUGAAAUAUUAAUUUUGACGGAGCUAAAACUAGACAUAAUAUCUAAAGAGAUGUCUUUGGGACCGCUAUAUACAAGGUUACACAGUUGCCUCCAGCUAAGAAAUCACAUUAUACGAUGUAUACCUUCAUAUUCAAGAUGCUACUCAUCUGAAAAUCCUCCUCAUACGCAGGGAAAACAAUCUGAGGAGCUCCAAGCACAGGACACUGUAAUGAAGUCACAUAGCCUGGAGAGUACAUUAUCAAACAAAGUGAGGAUUAAUCAAAGGGAACAAUUUAGCCUAGCCAUUGAUAAGUUCAAAAAAAGAGAGAAGUACAGCAAAGGCCAUAUGGAGCUGAUACAAGUUGCCAUGACACAAAUGGAGAAACUAGACCUUCAGAAAGACAUUGACGUAUACAACAAGAUUAUAUCGAUAUUCCCCAUAGGUCGAUUUGCUCCUAAGAGAAUGUUGGAUGCUAUUUGGCCACGAUCCAUACCUCAAUUAGAACUGUCCCUGGAAAUCCUCACCAAAAUGGAAGAGAAUGGCGUUCGUCCAAACCAAGAAACUUACAAUCUUCUAAACCAUAUAUUUGGAAAAAUGAGUCUCCCUGUUCAAAAAUGUAUUCGAAUUGCGUAUUUAUUUGACAAGUAUGAAUAUGUGGAUCCGUACAAAGUGUACGUUGGUAGUCUACCAACAGAGCCAGUGGAGCUAUCUCAGUUCAUCCUCAAGAGGCUCACUUCUCAUCGUGGAAACAUCACCGUACAUAAGGAUAAACCAGACUCGUAUAUUGUGAGUGCCACUACAGAGAGGCAAGUGUCCCUGCUCCACUCUGACAUGAGUGAUGCUCUGCUGCAUGUGGAGGGUCCACAUACACUCUGGCAGCACAGUCUGGAGCAGCUGUAUUAUACCCUCACACUAACUGGCAGUACCCAUCUCACACUAUUACCAGAGGAUCAAGUGGAGGUAGCAAAGAAAGAAGGUUCAGUGCUGAGUGUGUGCAUGUGUUGCCCUGGUAACCAGGAGAGGCUAGAGGAAUGGAUGGACAUGAUGCUCUCCCUCUACCCUAGCCUCACACAAGCUAGAGUCGUCUACCAUAUCCAAGAAAUGGAGGCUGACAAAGAAGUGAAAAGGAUAUCACCAACAAGAACUGACUUAUUAGAAGUAUAAUAAUUACAUGUACGUAUGUGUUGCAACAUAUAAGGCAUUGUACUGUAUAUGACUACAGUACAUCAGGAGGUGCUCCUGAGUACAUGUAUAUUUUGUAUGACCUCGA